UGACAACUAGCAAACUUCCACAAAAUUGAACAUAAUGUCUGAGCAGGCAAAGAUUUUGAACGAACACAACAAUGAAAUGAUAAGCAGAAUCGACGGAUUGUGUCAAAAGAGGGAUAUUUUGCAAAAGUCAAUCAUUCAAAUCGAAGAGGAGAAAAACCGACUUCAACAUGAUAUAAGAUUGCUGGCGGACAAGUUAGCAAAAGUUAACGAAACCUUAAGUGAAAAGAUAACAAUUAGAAAUGCAUAUGACAAAACAAUCGCCGAAUCCCAAGCGGCUUACAAUAAAAUUCUAGAUAACUCAAAAAUGUUACUGGCAUGGUUGCGAAAAGAUUACGAUAACACGUCCACUAACGUUGCUAAGAGUUCUCGAAUUUAACUUUCGAAUACACAGCAAUGCUUAUAUUUACACAGAUCUCAAAUUCUCUGAGAGAUACAUAUUUAAUACCGCCUUACAGUUUUUAAAGCCUUCGUUUUUAUGCUGUAUUCUGUAUUUUUACCUGCAAUCGACCAGUAUGUGUGAACCAGUUGUGUACUUUUCCUACUUUUCAUUGCUUUCAUAAAACCAUAUCUACAUUA